AUGGAGUUAAGUGAAUAUACUUUUGAAUUUAAGCACAUUCCUGGAAAAUUAAAUUCUCUAGCUGAUUACAUGUCACGUAUGCAAGAUCCUGAUCAUAAUCAGCCAGUGUUGGCUGAAAACUCUGAAGAUAACUCAGUUAUUCUUCCGUUUGUUGAAACAAAUCUUGAACGACCCCAAGUGAAUGCCCUGGUUUCUUCUGGAGAUCCUGCUCAUGAAAUUUCUGAGUCAACGUUUCUUGCUGAGCAAAGUUCGGAUCCUUUUACUUCAGAAAUUAUCACAAUUUUGAAAAAUCCUUCCUUGCUUAAUGCUGCAAAGGUACAUAAUUUCUUCAUUAAUGAGUCAAGCAAGCUUCUUAUGUUUAUUUCAAACAAACAAAAUAAUGCUGAGUUAAUUGUUGUUCCACAAGCAUUGAAAUCUAAAGUGUUAGAAAUUUCCCAUAUAUCCCAUCUUGGGGUGCAAAAGACUUAUGAGAUUUUAUCGAAACGUUACUUUUGGAAGGGCAUGUAUAACGACACAAAGAACUUUGUCCUCUCGUGUCAUUUAUGCAACAAAUAUAAGUCGUUCACUCCUAAACAAGCACCAUAUAAAGCCAUCAGAAUACCUAAGUACCCAAAUGACUUUAUUUCCAUGGAUAUUGUCGGUCCUAUAAGGAAUUGUGGCCAUGUUCUUACUGUUUUAGAUCAUUUUUCUAAGCAUCUUGCUUUAUAUCCACUUAAAAAUCUCACUGCUGAAACUAUUACAGGGCAUUUAUUACAAUAUAUAUCUGUACAUGGACGACCGGAAAUGAUCUUGACUGAUUUGGGCACACAAUUCACUUCAUUAGUGUUUGAAUCAAUUACAAAAUCAUUAGGUAUUAAAUUAUCUCAUUGUACUCCUCAGAGACCGGAAUGCAAUGCACAAAGUGAACGAGUUAAUACUUCAAUCAAAACUUCUUUACUUACCCUUCAUGAAAAAGGUGUUUCAUUUCAAAAUGCAUUGUUAAUCCAUCAGAAUAUUUACAAUGCUCAAUUGGAUAAAUCCCAUUAUUUGUGUGAUCUUCUAACACAGCUGAAAUUAACUUAUGAACAUGCCUAUGAGACGCUUGAGCGAAAACAAGUAGAACAAAAUACUCGUCAACUGAAAAAUGCCAAAUUAAGAUCAUUCAGUAUUGAUGACGUAGUGUAUCUGAAAUCUAAGGAUACAUUUAAACCCAGAUUUUCUGGACCAUUCUGUAUUGUUUCAAAAUCAAGUGAUGUAAACUACACUAUUCGAGCACUUGACAAUGAGUUUGCUCAACCAUUCAAAAUUCACAUCAAUCGCCUUCGUUUAGCUCCAAAACGAUUCUCUCACUUAGUUCAAAAUCCACCUCCUGCUCCUCAAGUUACACAUCAGUAUAAUCUAAGAAAAAGACAGCACGUUUAA